AUGGCGCAUGAGAAAAAUCGAUCUAAACACAAGGUUAGUCGUUUGAGCAGUGAUUCCGAGGAAGGUAGUGAUUUGGAUUAUGAUGUUAAUCAACGUUCGGGCAAAACUAAAAAGAAGAAAAAGCAUCAUCAUAAAACCGGGAAAGGGGGCAAGCAUCGCAUAAAGGACAAAUACAAGGAGAGGGGAAAGGAUGAUAAUGAUGCCGAGGAUAGUAACGAUGAAUGGUUAAAUUGUGGGUUCAAAAAAAGGCCCAAAGUUAAGAGCUGUUCUUAUUCCCCAGAUGAGAACGAUGAGGGUGUCGAUUCACGCCAAAAACACGGCCGAGGAAAACAGUUUAAGGAUGAUGCAGACGAUCCCUCAACUUAUAAUACUAGGCGAGCUGCUAUAGCCAAAAAUAUAUGUUACAAAGAACAAGAUAGUUUAGACGAGGCGGACCUCAGUUCAAAAGCCGACCCAGACCUAGAUAAUGAAUUCCACGAUAAUUUAUUGGAGGAGAAUGAAGAGGUUCCUUUUUUUAACGAUGCCCAAAAUGUGCCUGCUGUAAAGUCUAUCGAUAAAGUUUUGGCUAAAAAAUACUCUGUAGAUGGAGAAGUUGAUGGUGCGUCAUCGAAUUCAAGGAAAUAUCAACUCCAAAACGACAGAAAAGCAGGUGAAAUGAAGUUUUUAAUUAAAUGGGUAGGAAUCUCCCAUUUACACAACACAUGGGAAACCGAACAAAAUUUGAAAGACCAAGAGGUCACUGGUAUUAAAAAGCUGGAUAAUUUCAUUAGGAACGAGAAGGAACUGGAUAUAUGGAAGCAUCAUGCCUCACCCGAAGAUUUAGAAUAUUAUUAUUGCCAAAAAGAACUGUCAGAAGAUUUGCUAAAACAAUAUCACCUUUUAGAAAGAAUUAUAGCUCAUAAAACUGUCGAAAAAAUUACGCUUGUUAAGCGCAGAAUCAAGAUAAACGCGUCUUCUACUGCCGGCCAAAAUUUACACGAACUAACGGAAUCAAUAAAAAAUUUGGUUGAAGAAGGUUCUGGAACAACUGAUAUUAAUGAUAACAUAGAAGAUAAUAAUAAUCAACUUAAAGCAAACUUUGAGGAACUUGAAGAUAACGAGAUUAAAACGGAAGGAAAGGAAUCUCUGGUGGAUCAACAAACGAUGGCGAAUGAUAUAAAAAGAGGGGCCACUAUGGAGGACAUAGAGGAAGAAAUAGAGAGGGAAGAGGAGAUGAUCGAGAAAGAAAAUAUGUACUUGUGCAAAUGGAAUGGGCUGCCCUACUUCGAAUCCACUUGGGAGGAUGAGGAAUUUGUAAAAGAAAAAUUUCCUAGUAUUAUAACAGAGUACGAAAUGAGGCAAGCAUCCGAAACCACUCCUUACAAAGGAUGCAAAGUCCUUAGGAUUAGGCCUAGAUUCUCCCUGAUGAAAGAACAACCAGAUUAUAUGGGAAAUAGCUCCUUGAUACUCCGGGAUUAUCAACUAGAUGGGGUAAACUGGCUUGCACGAUCUUGGUGCAAAAACAACCGAGUUAUUUUAGCGGACGAGAUGGGUUUGGGGAAAACCAUUCAAGUGCUCAGCUUCGCCAAUUAUCUUUUCAAUCAGCACCAAUUGUAUGGUCCAUACUUGAUUGUAGCACCCUUAUCAACGAUUGCCGCUUGGCAGAAAGAGGCUUCCCUCUGGACCCCACAAUUUAACACCGUCGUUUAUCUGGGCGAUAUUAAAAGCCGAGGACUGAUACAAGAAUAUGAAUGGUUUCAUCACGGUACAAAAAGACUGAAAUUCAAUCUGGUCCUAACAACAUACGAACUAUUACUCAAAGACAGGGAAUUUUUAAACUCAUUCACGUGGGCUUUAUUGGCCGUCGACGAGGCUCACCGACUCAAAAACGAAGCCUCGCUAUUAUAUCGCGAGCUAAUUGGGUUUAGGACGAAUUUUAGACUACUAAUAACAGGCACACCUCUUCAGAAUUCCCUCAAAGAGCUUUGGGCCUUGUUGCACUUUAUCAUGCCACAAAAAUUCGAUAUUUGGGAAGACUUUGAAGUGACUCACACAAACGCCGAUAAAUCGGGAUACACAAAACUUCACAAAGAGUUGGAACCUUUUAUCUUAAGGAGAGUCAAGAAGGAUGUUGAAAAAUCUCUGCCAGCUAAAGUAGAACAGAUUUUGAGAGUUGAAAUGACAAGUUUACAAAAGCAAUAUUACAAGUGGAUUCUGACCCGCAAUUACAAAGCUCUUUGUAAAGGCAGCAAGGGUAGUACGUGUUCCUUUCUUAACAUCGUCAUGGAACUUAAGAAGUGUUGUAAUCACGCCAACUUAACUAAACCAGAACUAAGUUAUCCUCCCAACGUUAAUCCCCUACAGCAUUUGAUUCGGGGUAGUGGCAAGUUACUUUUACUGGAUAAAUUGCUGUGCCGACUUAAAGAAACAGGGCAUAGGGUUUUGAUAUUUUCUCAAAUGGUUCGCAUGCUGGAUAUUAUUGCAGAUUAUUUGCAAUAUCGAUGUUUUACUUACCAACGGUUAGACGGUUCUGUUAGUAACGAGCUCCGAAGACAAGCUUUAGAUCACUUUAACGUCGAAAAUUCUCAGGAUUUUUGUUUCUUACUGUCGACUCGGGCCGGCGGUCUGGGAGUUAACUUGGCUACCGCAGAUACCGUCAUAAUAUUUGACAGUGAUUGGAACCCUCAGAACGACUUGCAAGCACAAGCCAGGGCUCAUAGGAUAGGACAAAAAAAUCAGGUUAACAUAUACCGAUUAGUUACGAAGGAUAGCAUAGAAGAGGAAAUAAUCCAAAGAGCUAAAAAGAAAAUGGUUUUAGAUCACUUGGUCAUUCAACGAAUGAAUACAACGGGCAAAUUGGUUAUGUCUCAGGGAAAUAACCCAUCCAGCAAUCGUAUACCCUUUAACAAAGCUGAACUUUCAUCAAUCCUCAAGUUUGGGGCUGAAGAUUUGUUCAAGGACGAAAAAGAUGAAGAAGAUCCGCAGGUUGAUAUCGAUGAUAUUCUUAAACGAGCCGAAACGGCGGAGGAGGCUCCUACUUCCCUAGCUGAAGAGCUUUUGUCCCAAUUUAAAGUCACCGACUUUACCGGUUUGGAAGAACCGAUGGAACAAUUAAGCGAAGUUUACGAUGAAUCCUCAAGGAAAAAUAAAAGCUCGAAAAAGAAAUCUAGGUCAUCAAUAGUCAAUUCUACGUCCCACAUUAAAAAUGAAAAAGAUUACGCCUUCGACGAUUCUUCCCUCUCCUCUUCCCUUCGAUCCCCAAUUUCGGGUUAUUCAUCCGACGAGAAUCGAGUCCCUAAUCAUUCAACAACCGACGGAUUAGGUAAGGAUUGGACAGAUAUAAUUCCCAAGGACCUCAGGGAUAAAGUGGAGGCUGAAGAGAAACAUAAGGCGAUCAUGGAGCUCAACAAAUUGGGUCCUAGGAUCAGAAAACCGAUUUACGAAAAUUUGGAGCUCGACCCUGCUUCAAAUUCAAAAAAACUUCUCAAGAAGCAGCAACUUCAACAAUCCUCGGAGCUAAAAAUGACUCGUUAUGGUAGAGUUUCUCAAAAGAGGACUAAUAAAAACAAACACUCCGACUCGCAAGAGUCCUAUAAAGAUGAAGAGGAUGAUGAUGAUAUAUACGUUGGGGAUGAGGAUGAAGAUAACCCCCAAAAGAAGAAAAAUAAUAGUUCUAAAUCGGGGGUUGGCCAAAAUAAAUUGUUUAUUGUUUCUUUCAGUGACGCGGAGAUUAGAAAAUUCGUAAAAAGCUUCCGAAAAUUCCCCAAUCCUCAAAAUCGCUUAGAGGAGAUAGUCUACGAUGCCGAGUUACAGGGUAAACCAUUUUCCGACAUAAAGACGAUCUGUAAACUCUUAUUGAAUAACUAUAGGGAAGCAUUGGCGAAAGAUCUGACCAUCACCAAUCAAGAUUUAAUUGGAACUGAAGGAACGUUUAAAUUAAACCAAGUUUCUUUCCCCAUUCAACAGUUUAAAAAAUCGAUGGAGGAUUUGGAAUGUCUGUACGCAUUAUUGCCUAAGGAUAAAAACGAUAGGAAAAAAUUUAAAUUAACUAUUCCGCUCAAAUCACCAUUAUGGGGUGUACCGUGGACGAACGAAGAAGACAGCAAAAUACUCGCGGGAGUUUACGAGCAUGGCAUAGGUAACUGGGAAAUCAUAAAGAACGACCCUGCAUUGGGGCUACAAAAUAAGAUAUUACCCAAUAAUAACGGCAAUCCGAAGGCUAAAAAUUUAAUCACCAGGUUGGAUUAUUUAUUAAAAACGGCGAAAACAACCAUACCCGCUUUAUCAGGCGAUUCAUUAGCUCAUUUAAAGGUAAACUCCAAACGACAAAAAAGCCUGAAGUCUUAUCUCGUCAACCAAAUAGCGGAAGGUACUAUAAAGGAUACAAAGAAAGAUAAAAAGGAUUCAAAAUCUAGCAAAAAUCGCUCAAAGAACUUGACAAACGAAGAAAUUGCUCAAUCUGAAAUCGAUAAGGAUUUGCCAAACGAAAUAUUUUUGAUUUGUAAAGAAAAAAUGAGACCAGUGAAAAAGGCACUUAAACAAUUAGAUAACAACCAAGCCUUGCAGUCAAAAACCUCCCAAAUACAUCACAUCAAAGCCUGCUUACUCGUUAUAGGGAAUCACAUACAACUAUGUGAAAAAGAAUACGCAGAUCAGCCUAAAAAAAUGAAAGAAUGGAGAAAUUAUCUCUGGGUAUUCGUUUCAAAAUUUACCGAAUAUAACGGCCGAGAUCUGCAUAAAUUCUACAAAAGCGCUCAGAAAAAACGUUCAGAACAAUCAAAGACUAAAUCGGACAAGGAGAAAGAUGAACCUAAUUCUAUAAUCGGCUCCACCAAUACAACGCCCACAAAUAUACCUCCGAAAUCCGAUCCCAUUCAAAUAAAUGAUAAUAACAAUACCUCCUCUUUGCGUUGCACUUCUUCAACCACUCCAACUUCUUCAUCCAUUAGUUCUAAUAUUAACACGAAUCAAAGCAACGCAAAUUCGAUAACUAUCUCAUCAUCACACGAAAAAACUCACACCACAUCCAAAAAUUCGAACUUUCCUUCUGAUUCGUUUCAUUCGAAAAGGAAUUAUACUAACUCAUACAAUCAAAGACCCUCAUCAUCCACACAUAACGCCAAAACAGAUUCUCUAUCGAAUAAAGAUGAGAAAAGGAAAAAAAAGCAAAGUAAAAGAUACUCCGAACCCUCAGAAGAUCAAUCUAGCACGAUGAUCGGGUCUUUAAAAAAGGAAGAUUCAAUAAUUCUAGCUAUUGAGGAUGACAAAGAAAAGGAGAAAGUAAUGGAGGAGAAAGAGGAAGGGGAAAUUGACGCGCAAGCUGGAGAUUCGCCCAUACAAUAUAAAACCACUAAUAGACGCCAUCAUUCGGCAACUUCUGAACGUCGUGAUAGGAAAUAUGCUAGAAACAGGGAUGAAAAGUCCUGUCACAGUGCACAUCACGAUUACAACCGUCGCGGCUUUGGCUCCCAUUAUUACAAAAAUGAGAACGACGAUGAUAAAAACCAUCGCCUUGAUUACGACGAUGAAACUCAUAAUGUCGACUCACCCCUUUCACCAUCUUUAAGAAUCGACAAUACCUAUACUCCUCUGUCUAUUUCGUCAAGUCACCAUAAUCGGAGAAUACCUCCUUUACACCACCACUUUUAUCCGCCACAUAUACCUCCCCCUGGCUUGAUGCUACCACCUCACCCUUCCUUGAUUCCAUCUCCCCAUAUUCCCAUAGCACCUCGUCUUUACGGUCAUAGUAUUCCUCAGAGACCUUAUUAUGAUCGUUGGUCAUCGAAAAAAGGAUCGAAAUCUGGAAGAGGUCCUUUAUUCUUGUCAAAUCAAUAUAGCACAAGACCCGCGUAUCCUAUACCAACAUCUUCACUCAACUUACCGCCCAACACUUCAAAAAAUUGAUUUUCUUCUAGAAAACAACUCUAAUCACCAAAAUAUUCAUUUCUAAAAUGUAGUAAUUAUUACGAGUUUUAAAGUGAGCUUGAGUUUUGUCAAAAAUCUAAAUAUUGCAUUUUAUUUUGGAUUUAGUUUAAAAAAAAUUCAAGCCAAUAAAUUAUGUAAUAUCAAGUUUUAUAUUAAAUCGUGGAAAAUCGAAACUUAUUACUUAAUAAAUAUAGCCAAAUAUUUUGUAU